AUGAUGAAACUUGCAAGUCAUUCAACAGUAUGUCAAGGUAUACCUUAUGUUAAAAUUAAUAUAAAUGAUUGUGAUGAAAUAGCUGAACUUGAAGCUGAAUUUCGUAAAGCAUAUAUGAUGAAAGAACUUGAAGCUCAAAUUGCUGAAAAAUUAGCUGAUAAUAAUGCAAUAAUUGAACGUGAAAAAUUAAGAAAUAAAUUAAUAAAUAAAGAAAUUGAAAAACAUAUAAAAGAAGAUAAUGAAAAAAAAUUAGAUAAAUUAAAUGAAUGUAAAAAAUAUAAAAAUGAACUUGAACAACAAAUAUUACAUGAUAAAAAUAUAAAAAAAUAUAAUGAUGAAAAAUUACAACGUGAACGACAAGUACUCAUUGAAGUUGAUAAAAUAAUUGAUGAAGAAUAUGAAAUUGAAAAAAUAAAUAAACGUAUAAUAAUGAUAAAUAAAUUGAGACGUGAACAAAUGUUAUUUAAUGAAAUAAAAUAUAUAAAAAAAUGUAUUCAAAAUGAACGUGAAUUACUUGAUGAAAGUAAUAAUAAAAAUUAUAUAAUUGAAAUUAAUAAAAGACAUGAAGAAAUAAAUAAUAUACGUAUUGAAAAAUUUAAAAAACGUCAAAUAAUUAUUGAUAAAGUUGCAAAAUUAUUUAUUGAUAAUCAAUAUAUACAACAAGAACGUGAUAAAAUUAUAAAUAAUUUAAUAACAGAAGAUAUUAAUUAUAAUUUAAUAAUUAAAGAAAAUAAUAUAUUAUUAAAUAAUAAUAAAAUUAAAAAACAAUUAGCUAAAGAUUUAUUACAACAAAUGUAUUUAUCAUUAGAAAGUGAAUUAAUAUAUCGUAAAAAUGAUAAAAAAUUUAUUGAUGAUAUUAUGAAUAAAAUAAUGGAAGAUGAUAAAAUUAAAAAAUUAACAAUUGAUAAACAACGUAUUAAAAAAAUUAAUUAUCAAAAAGAUUUAAAAUUAAUUAUUGAUAAUAAACGUAAAUUACAAGAAGAAUCAUUGGAACAAUUAAAAAAUGAAUUAAAAAUUUAUCAAGAUAAUGAAAUUGCUAGAAAAAUUAAAAUUGAUAAUGAAAGACGUCAAUUAAUUAAAAUUCAUUCAGCAAAUUUAUAA